AUGGCAGCUAAUCCCGUGCACCUGCACGUACCAGAUCUCAAUCUCCCUCACUCAACUCUCCUCCCCUCCCUUCUCUUCUCUCGGACAAAAACGCCAUUUCAUCGUCUCUCGAAGAUCUGCAAGAAAAAAACUAUACCAGAAGUGGAAAGGAGAAGCGACUCCCCCCCCUCAUUUCUGCAUCAAAUUCCACCCCCACUCUUGUUCCUCUGUUUGUCCAUGGCGGACGCCGCUGAGCCACCGUCGACGUCGACGAGCGACCCGAAUCCCUCGGCGAGCCCUUUGUCACCGAGCUCCCAAAUCCACCCGCGCCGCGAGCCCUUCGAGCACGGUCUCCUUCCAAUCCCGAAGCUCAUCUUCCCGGACCCGACGCAGACUCUGGGUCAACUCAGACAGAAGCUCGCGUCCCAACCGCGGGUCGACGCCGCCGCCCUCGCGGAGGCGCUGCAGAUCUCGACCGACCACGCGAGGCUCGUGCUCGAUACCCUCGCCUCCGUGCUUCACUCCGAGUCCGACCCGCUCGUCAAGGCUCCGCCUGGGGAGAUUGAUUCGGUUGGGGCGGAUUCGCGUGAUCUGAUACUCUUCCUGUAUAUACAAUCGUAUAAGAAGCUGCUGCCCAGGACACACAAGGACUCCGCUGCGGUUGCCGAUGUUUGGCCCUCCACGUCAGCUUUCGAUGGUUAUUUGUCCGCUCUCUCGCCGCUUCAGCUUGUACGCAGCAACAGCCGCCGUUUCAUGCCUUCACAGGCUGAUGAAGAGGCUCAUCAGUUAUCCUAUUUACAAAAGCACAUGGGUAACAUUCUUUCUCUGCUGGCAGAACCUGUUGAAGGAGAAGGCGAAGGCGACGAGUCCCUGGUUUUGACCAUGGAAGGAUUUGAGCACCUUGGAUUUCUUAUGCAAGUUGGUGAAAAGAGUUCAGAAGGAGUUUCAUUAGGCCAAGCUGCUCCAUUCUUUGCCAAUUCAGAUCCUGACAUGCCGGCUGUUCCAGUCCCUGCUUCCGAAGUUCUUGACUGGGUAUCACAAAAUAUUACCUCCGCGCUGGAGGCUAUUACUGAAAGAAUAUCUGCUAAAGAGAAUGGUCCAUCGAGUGCAUCUGAUCAAGAUGUUGCCAUGGCUGAUAGCUGCAAUAACUCUGGCAAGACUUCUCCUAGUUCCAGAGGCACAAGCUUUAUUGAGGGUAUCUCCAAAUCGUCGUAUGUAAAACAGGCAUCGGAUCUUAAAGGCUCCUCAGUAAAGGUUUUAAAUUGUCACGAUUCGGUCAUUUACAUCCUAGCACCAUUGAGAUAUGCCACCGUCUAUGGAUGCUCUGACUCUACUAUAGUUCUUGGAGCUGUGGGGAAGGCUGUAAGGAUUGAACACUGUGAGCGAGUUCAUGUGAUUACAGCUGCAAAAAGAGUAUGUAUUGCCAAUUGUCGAGAGUGUGCAUUCUUUCUUGGUGUAAAUCAGCGGCCACUCAUGGUUGGUGAUAACCAUAAGCUACAGGUAAGUGUGUAUCAAUUUGUGAUCGAUUGUUUUGGAAGGAAGAUGUUAAGACUUAAGAGCAUACAACUGGAAAUAACUCGAAGAGUAUUUGACUGUCUGAUCCAGGUGGCACCGUACAAUACAUUUUAUGCUGAUUUGGAAGCACACAUGGUUGAAGCUGGUAUUGAAGCAAACAUCAACAAGUGGGAUGAGCCGCUGGCCUUGGGAGUUGUUGAUCCUCACGAUUCAUUAUCACAUCCGGCAGGUGUCUCUGAUGUUCAAGCUGAGACCGCCGCACGGAUAGAUCCCGACCUUUUCACAAACUUCCUGAUUCCCAACUGGUUUGGAGGCGAAUCAUCGGGGAUGACAAAAGAUAACCCCUUCCCUUUGCCAGGCAAUUAUAUGGAAUCCCGUCAGAAAAAUCUAAAAAGCUUGGAUGAGAUGAAGCAGCUAUUGAGAGACACUCCACUCGAAGACAGCCGGAAGCGAGAACUGUCAUCCGCACUCCAUGUGCUGUUCAAAGAUUGGUUAUAUGCUUCAGGUAAUGUCCGCCAACUGUACUGCCUACAAGGCGACUAAGGCCAGUCUAGCACCUUGGGGAAACGGAGGAACGCGUUUUUGUAGCAAUGCUGGGAUUCUGUUUCUGUUUUUUUCCCUAUCAUCAUCGAAAGGCAAGGAGAAGCUCAAACGUGUGCUCAUUUGAAUCUAACGGUACAACCGAUGAUGUUGUUUACCCUGGUUGAUGAUGGUGCACAGGAUAUACAUGCCAUGGCGCCUCCCCCUACUCUAAUCUCACUGUAAUAUUUUUUUGGUCUUUGGGUCUUCUGUUUUUUGAAAGCGAAAAAGGAAAGAAAAAGUUCUUACUGUAAUAUUUGUUUACACCCUCCUGGCUAGGUUUCCAGUUUUCUUGUGAAUUCCUUUUCUUAGCUCUCCAUUUUCAACGUUUGGCUUUUUUUUUACUAUUGG